AUGGCCUGCAAAUACAGACGACACGCUGCCGGUUUUGUUGUUGUUUUGUAUUUUUUAUUUUUUUACUAUUAUUUAUUUUAUUAUUUUGUCUUUCUUCUCAUCUCGACCACUUUUUUCUUCUUAUUUCUCUCCUCUCCUCUUUCGUUUCAGUUUUCUUUUCCUUUUUCCUUUUAUUAUCACUCUCUGUUGAUACUAACCUUUUUCCUUUCGCUUUUCCUUUCUUGUGAUGCUCCUCAAUAUUACUUUAAUUCCUCAUUCUCCGCCAUUCUCUUAGUCCUUUCUUCUUUUUCUAUUUUGUUUGUUUCUUCCCUUACUUUUGUCUUCGGCUUCUUUUCCCUCAUCUCUCUCCAUUUCUCUUUCGUCGAAUCUGACAAUUCUCUUUACUUGUUUAUCGUCCGCUUUGCUUCUCUUUUUGUUUGGGAUAAUUUUUUUUAUUAUUAUUUAUUACAUUUCUAUCUUUAUCACUUUCUCAAAUCAAUAUUUCCUUUAACCCUUUCUUUUAUUUCUUCUCGUCAUCUUUUCUCUAUUUCUUCCUUUCAACAUUUCUUUCCUUUUUCUCUUCCUUUUUCUUCUUUACCUACUUUCUUUUCCUCGGUCUGUUCUUUCCGUUUUUUUAAUAUAGUUUCUCUCUUGUUUAUACAUCUUUCUUUUUUUAGGAAUUAUCUCUCCAUCUUUCUCUCUCUGUGUAUACGCCGCCCCUUCGUAAAUGUUUCUCUAUCUAUAUUUCCUUUUCUUUUUUUUACGCCUUUCAUUCCUAACCUCUUUCGGCUCCUAUCUUAUCUCUUUUUCACCCCCUGUUUCUUUCUCUCACUCUGUCUGUCUGUCUGUCUGUCUCUUUCUUUCUCUCUCUCUCUCUCUCUCUCCUCCCUCAUUUCCAUCUCCUCUCUUUUUCUAUCUCUACAUUCUCUUUUUUACUUUUUCUCUUUUUUCUUUUUCUCUCCUCUUCUUAGUUGUUUUGCCCGUCUUUAUAUCUUUUUCUUUUUCACCCCGUCCCUGUCACUUUCUUUUUACUUUUACUAUUUUUCUCUUUUCGUAUCUCUUUCUUUUUUUCUCUUUCCGUUCCUUUCUAAAUCGAUCUCUUUCCCUUCUUUCUCCUUUCUUUUUCUAUUUUUUUCUUUAUUUUUUCCUCUUUCUGUUUUCAUCCUUCUCGUACUCCUUUCUCUUUCUUUCAUUUUACUAACUCGUUUUUGA